AUGUUGUCAAAGUCGCCGAAUGUGUUCACACCGGAGCUCACCCCAUCUCCUUCCGUCACUUCCUCCCCUUCUCUUCCACCAACUCCUGAUCAUCGUCCUCUGGAUCUUGUGAUUGCUCACUACAAUGAAUCCUUGGCGUGGCUCUCGUCAUGUUCGCGGCUUGCAACAAUCUACAGCAAAGGUGAUCGACCGCAAACGUCCCAAGACAAUUCUCCGGUCUACCGAGAAGUUAAGGCGUUGCCGAAUUGGGGUCGCGAAUCUCAUACCUAUCUACACCACAUCGUUCACAACUACGACAAUCUGGCAGAAGUAACUUUGUUUCUGCAAGGCAAUAUCCAUGACGAGAAUAAUGGUACACCAUCUCACACCGACCUCACUCUCGAUGAGAUCGUGGGCAUGGCCAAACGUCUGACGGACCUACCACCGAUGCUGGUGGUUGGAGAGGAUCAACUUCAAUACCAACCCCAAGGGGGUGUCCUCCCACUAGGUAAAGUCAAUACGUUCUCCGACUGGGAUGCAGUCGUGUAUAAGGACGAGUGGGUUGAAAGGCGAGGUCGAGGACUUAUUCGCAGCAAAUACACUCCCAAACAAUUCUGGAAUUACAUCUUCAAUGGGGCCACUCGCGAACAGGAUGCUAGCUGGGCCGAACCGCCCACGGAAGUUCGAUGGACCCAGGGAGCAUUGUUCGCGGUUACACGACAGACCAUUCAACGCCGCCCAAAAGAGGUCUAUCAGAGGAUGUAUGAAUACUUUGAUGGGUUGAUGGAGAGAAAUCCAGAGGAAGGUCAUUACAUGGAGCGCUUUUGGCUCAGUAUCUUUGGAAGCUAUGGACUUGAUACGCAGAUUCUCGGCGACCCUCAAGCCAGGAAAGAAGAGCACACCGGACAUAAUUUUGAUUUCGAAGAUGAAGGUAUUUUCCUCCUCUGA